GCCGCCUUGCCUUAUCAUUGAAAACACAGAGGGGCGAGUGAACGGGUUUGGAAGUAAAUCUGCGCAAAAUGGCCCGAAUGAUGAUAGCAACGUAUGUGAUGUUUAUUGCUUAUUUACAUUCCUCUUUAUCCGACGAUGGACAUGAAAUGGAAGAGUUUUUAAAGAGAGAAUAUUCAUUAACGAAACCUUACCAAGCUAUCGGUGUCUCUGGCUCUUCUCACUGGGAGCUGAUGGGUGAUGCCAUGGUAACCACUGAUCAGGUGCGCCUAACUCCCGACAUGCAAAGCAAACAGGGGGCAGUGUGGAGCCGUAUGCCAUGCCACCUGAAAGACUGGGAGCUGCAGGUGCACUUUAAAAUCCAUGGUCAAGGGAAGAAGAACCUGAAUGGCGAUGGCCUGGCGGUGUGGUACACAAAAGAACGCAUGCAGAAAGGUCCAGUGUUUGGAAAUAAGGAUUUCUUCACUGGGUUGGGCGUGUUUGUAGAUACUUACCCUAAUGAGGAAAAGCAUAUAGAGGCCCAGAAGAAAAGGUACACCCCUCGCACCCAGAGGAUCUUCCCUUACGUGUUGGCGAUGGUGGGGAACGGGACGAUCAGCUAUGACCAUGAGCGAGACGGCAGGCCCACAGAGAUAGGAGGCUGCAAUGCUAUGGUGCGCAACCUGAAGCACGACACCUUCCUCUUCAUCAGAUACGUCCGUCGCAGACUAACGGUUAUGAUUGAUAUCGAUGGUCAGCAUGAAUGGAGGGACUGCCUGGACAUACCAGGUGUGCGGCUGCCUCUGGGCUACUACUUCGGUGCAUCUGCCAUCACUGGAGACCUUUCAGACAACCACGACCUCAUCUCUAUGAAGCUGUACCAGCUGACAGUGCUGCGAAGUAAACAGGAGGAAGAGGAUGAAGAAGAGGUCACAAUUCCAAGUGUAGACAAUAUGGAGCUACACAGGAACUACUAUGAAGGGGAAGGGAUGAGCGGCAUUGCCAUCUUCUUCACCGUCCUCUUCUCCAUGCUUGGCCUUUUUCUCCUCAUCGUUGUAGGGCUUGUGGUCUACAGCCACUGGAAUGAGAGCAGACGCAAGCGCUUCUACUGAGCACAAAGCAACUCUUCACAACUACUGCAACUACUGAAGGCCUGAGAUUUUGAGACAGUGACUUAGACCUUGCGGUUUGGACUGGUGGACUCAACAGCACCCCACAGGCUCAUUCAGUGCCCUCUGAGCCAAUGACUUGUAACAGUAUAAGAAAGUCACUACAAGAAGGAACCACAAGGACAUCAUAGAGAUACAACUAUGAAGAACUUUUAAACACUAAAAGCAAAGAAAACAUGGUAAUAGGAUGUUUUGGGUUACAUUCUGCCUGUCUGAACCCAAACAAACGGGGCAUUUAAAGUCUUGAGAGUAUUUGAACUAUGAAAUAAUUGAUUUACAGUUUCUCUUGUAAAUUAUAAUUCAUUAUUUCUACUCUGACUUGCAAAUCUAGCUGCGAUGAUCAAGUAUGGACCACUGCCUUUGAUAAGCCUACCAAAAGUGUCUUCCUCCUACCAGUCUGUAAAGCCGUCCCAGCAUCAGAAGCCACAUUUGAUGGUACUUAAUUGCAUGAAAUGUUCAUGCAACACCUCUGGUUUUUAUCAUUUUCAAGAGGCAGUAGGUCUGAAAACUGACUAUAGAACUAAAGCUAUAAUAUUAUAUUUAUUAUUUUGACCUCAUUGCUCAUAAGAAGUAAUUAUUACCUUUGUGUUUUAAAUCAAGCAUUAAAAGCCAUUCAUAGUUUUAUUAGAUUGCUGAUAUUGUCAGACUGCAGACAUGCAUGAAACACUAAAAUCUAGUUGGUGUAAUGAACUGAAUCUGUUUUUUUUAAUCAGAGUGAGGCAUUAGCAUUGCAGUUCUUAUUUGUCACAUUCUGCAUGUUUGAAAUAAUUUCACUGGCAAGAGAGGGCGCUGUAGUCAAAGUUAUCGCUGUCUGGUAAAAGGUAUCAUUACUCCAAGUCCAACCUGCCCUUAACUGCUGUGUUUUUCUCUCUUCACUGAGAAACUGCCAAGCAGGGACACUAUUCACAAAGCUUUAAAGUAGGAGUGCUGACCUAGGAUCAGAUUCCUCUGACAGGAACAGAUCCUAGAUUAGCAUUCCUACUGUGAAGCUUUGUGAAUACAGGUCCAGAAAUCCAGAUACAGUAUCGUGCAAAAGUCUGACCAAGAGUCAGAGCAAAAGAGACUAUUCUUUUCUUUCAUUUCUUGUCAAAACAGACAAAAAGUACAGUUUUUUUUUUAAUUCUGAGGAGAGUAGAUAAUCCACUUGCAUAAGGAAGGGGAAAGUAAAAGAAAAAUAAGUGAAAAAUGAGGAGUUAAAAUGUGUAGAGAAAAUGGGACUCCUAGCAACCAUGCACAACCUGGUAGAGCCCCACAACCAUUACAGUUGGAUAAACAGUACUUAAAGCUUUCAUCUUUGAAAGAGCAGAGAAAAUCAAGCUCCACAACUGUUUCUAUCUUUCCACUGUGAUGAGACAACAACACUAUGGGUCUGAAAGGAUGUGCAGCUGUCAAGAUGUUAAAGAGAAAAGGGAAUAGAUCAGAAAAGAAGAAAAUUUGCAAAUCAAACAAAAAAGCUGCUGGUUUUCCCAGAUCCAUAAACUAAAUACCCCUGAGCUCAGACCUCAACAUCAUUAUUAGAAGUGUUUGAGGUUACUUGGAUGGUGACAAUACAACCAGCCUCUAAGACUUAACGUCGGAGGUGUGGAAAAAUAUCCCUAUAUAUUUCUUUGAAAAAUUAAAAGCAAGUCUCCGGAAAAAAUGGAAGCUCUAUUAAAGGCAAAGCACGGACAGUUAAUACUGAAAUAUUUCAUAUUAUAUUUAUUUGCUGAGGCUUCUAUGUAAUUUUCUGCCUUUUCUGGCACUGAAAAAUUACUUGUACUUCAUAGCCAUCUGAACUGGAAAUGAAUUAAAAGAGUGGUGAUCUCUA